AGUGCUCCCAUGCUGAGUACGUUCUUGGGGUUGUGGCGCCGGCCAUCGUUAUUGCCAAGCAAUGGCGAAUUGGAGGAGCGCUGACGAACUUGAACGAGAAGGACAGCAAUGGUCUGCCGGAGGAGUGUUCAGAAAUACAUGGCAGAAGAUGAACGACUGGGGGGACGAGUUCGAGCGCCGGCACUUUGAUGGGAACUUGGUGGAAUCGAUUGUCGCCGGGCCGAAGAGGGCGGGUCAGGCCAUGAACGAGUGGGGCGACGAGCUGGAGCGGCGCCACUUUGAGGGGGACUUCCUGGGCAGAGUGGCGCGCGCCCCUGUGGCGGCUGGUGAGGUCAUCUCAGAGGCUAUCGGACAGCUGGUGGACACCUCUCCCAUGACGCCAGAGCUAGCGGCAGAGCUCGCCGCAGGUGGCAUGGGGAUGGACAUGCCCAGCCUCUUGGCCUCGCUGCCGCCCGAGCCAGAGGCCCCGGCGCGAGAGGAGCGGAGUCACUUGGAGCCAGGCGAAAUGCCUGGCGCUGCGCUAUCGGAGCGGCUAUCGCCUUCUCCCAGGACACCGUCGGAGAGUUCUUCAGGCCCUUCGGGCGCCUCGGGCCAACGGAGUGCCGGGGGCCGCACGGUGGAUGAGCUGGCCACUCUGAUGGCCAGCCUGCCAGAUGGAGGCAUCGAAGACGUGGCCCGUGAUCUCCAGGCACAGCUGGAGGAGGAGCAGGCCAAGCGUGCGGGCCGCGCCGAAGCGUUGCGGGCUUUGAAGGCCGCGCUGCUUCGCCUCCCCCGCGAAACUGCAGAGGAGCAAAGCUUGGCGGAUGCCGCGGCAGGCACCUGCGCCGCCUCCACGGCGCGCUGCGGCGCGGCGGGCCGCGCGCUGCAGGCGCUGAAGGAGCACCACCAGCAGCUCAAGGAGCAGCACGAAGCGCAGCUGGAAGAGCGGGAGCAACUGGGAGCGGCAGAGGCGGCCGCCCGUGCAGCGGUCGAGCGGCAAGCGCAGCUGGCAACCGCCCCCUCCCGCGAGUGGGCGCGGGAUGGCCCGGAGACGGACGCCCUGAAGGCGUCCAAGGUGGAGCUCGCCGAGCUCCUGGCGGAGGUGGACGAGGCGAGACUGCACCGGAGGAAGGAGUUGAAAGCUCUGCAGCAGGCGGUGGAGGCCACCGAGGUGGAGAACCAAUGGCUGCGCCGGGGAGGCCACGACUGCUACGAGGCGCCGCCCUCCUUUGGCGCCUCACUCAAGAAGCUCUUCUCCGUGGCCUUGGGCAAGCGGAAUUCUUCCGCAGCAACUCCCACCGGCACCUGACAAAAAAAUAAACC